AUGGAACAUAGUCGUUUAAGAAUAUCUGUCAAAGAAAAGCUUGUAAACCCUCUCAGAAGAGCAGUUACAGCUGGGGUCCUCGGAGCUUGUUUAUACAAGUCAUACUCACUAAUAUUGGAAAACCAAGAAAAUACUUCUGUCUGGGAUCGCAGAGGAUUCAAGAAGAUUCCGUCUCCAUCAGAGCGAUACUUUUAUAUUGGGCAUUUCCUUUCAUUUAGGGAGCAGCCCAAUAUUCAACUCCAAAAAUGGCAUAAGAAAUAUGGCCCACUUAUACAUCUUAAUAUGGGUGCUCAACAUUGGAUCAUGAUUAGUGAUCCUUAUAUUGCUCACGAAAUAUUUGUCAAGAAUGGCGCCAAAACCUCUGGCAGGCAUGAGCACAGUUUCUCUUACGAAAAGUAUGCCAAAGCUGGAAGUGGUAUUAUAUUCAGUCAUCCAGGAAAGAAAUUGAAUAGCGCGCUUGCAAACGCUAUGCGAAUUCUGUCCCAUCAGAAUGUUGAUCAGUGCAUAGAAGAAUUUGAGUUUACGGCCGAAACUACCCUCGCACAAAUGAUGGAAGCUACAGAAAGGGAAGGUUCAGUUGACCCAUCGAUAUAUCUCAAGUUGGGUGCAUAUAAUACCUUAAUAAAAGCAAUCUUUGGAAGAAACAUUUCUUCCAUUAACGAUCCUGUCUUCAAAGAUCUCCUUCAAGUUACACAGAACGUUUUACAGUGUUCUAGUCCUCACAGGGAUAUCAAGUCUCUAUUUCCACGCCUUGCCUGGCUUGAAUGUCUAAUAGGGAAUAACAAGAAGAAAGAGAAAAUAGUUUCCUCCCGAGACGAGCUGUAUGGAAGACUAUUGAAAGAAGCGCUAGAUGGGGAUGCAGACUGCUUAGCAAAAGAAAUUUAUUUACUUAAAGAAGAGCAAGAACUGGAGGAGAAAGAUCUGAUUGUCAUGUUGAGCAAGUGUUAUAGCUAA